AGUAGAAGAGCAUGAGAACCUUGGAUGUCAACGCCUAACAGACUCUUGAGACCAGCUACCAAACCACAAAAAGCGACUUUCUUCUUGACUGGCCUCUCUGUCUCUCCCGAUGGAGGCAGAAACAGGGAGCAGCAUGGAGAUCGGAAAGACAGCCAACAGAGGCACUCGAAUCGCCCUGGUCGUGUUCAUUGGUGGCACCCUGGUGCUGGGCAUAGUCCUCUUUCUAGUGAGUCAAGGUUUCUUAAGUCUCCACGCUAAACCAGAGUACUGCCUGAAGCCAGAAUGCAUCGAAGCUGCUGCUUCCAUCUUAAGUAAAGUAAAUCUGUCUGUGGACCCUUGUGAUAAUUUCUUCCGGUUUGCUUGUGAUGGCUGGAUACAGAGUAAUCCAAUUCCUGAAGAUAUGCCAAGCUAUGGGAUUUAUCCUUGGCUCAGACGUAAUGUCGACCUCAAGUUGAAGGCACUUUUGGAGAAAUCAAUCAGUAGAAGACGAGACACUGAAGCCAUACAGAAAGCCAAAAUCCUUUAUUCAUCUUGCAUGAAUGAGAAAGCGAUAGAAAAAGCAGAUGCCAAGCCAUUAUUACAUAUCCUGCGGCACUCACCUUUCCGCUGGCCUGUACUCGAAUCUAAUAUCGGUCCCGAAGGGGUUUGGUCAGAGAGAAAGUUCAGCCUUCUGCAGACCCUUGCAACGUUUCGUGGCCAAUACAGCAAUUCUGUGUUCAUCCGUUUGUAUGUGUCCUCUGAUGACAAGAUGUCCAACGAACACAUCUUGAAGCUGGACCAAGCGGCGCUCUCCCUAGCCGUGAGGGAAGACUACCUUGAUAACAGCACAGAAGCCAAGUCUUAUCGGGAUGCCCUUUACAAGUUCAUGGUGGAUACCGCUGUGCUUUUGGGAGCUAAUAGCUCCCGAGCAGAGCAUGACAUGAAGUCGGUGCUUAGGUUGGAAAUUAAGAUAGCUGAGAUAAUGAUUCCACAUGAAAACCGAACCAGUGAGGCCAUGUACAACAAAAUGAACAUCUCCCAGCUGAGUGCUAUGAUUCCCCAGUUUGACUGGCUGAGCUACAUCAAGAAGGUCAUCGAUGUCAGACUCUACCCUGAACUGAAAGAUAUUGGCCCGUCAGAGAACGUGGUGGUCCGUGUCCCUCAAUACUUUAAGGAUUUGUUUAGGAUAUUAGGCUCUGAGAGGAAGAAGACCAUUGCCAACUAUUUGGUGUGGAGGAUGGUUUAUUCCAGAAUUCCGAACUUAAGCAGGCGCUUUCAGUAUAGGUGGCUGGAGUUCUCACGGGUAAUCCAGGGGACCACAACUUUGUUGCCUCAGUGGGACAAAUGUGUGAACUUUAUUGAAAGUACCCUCCCUUAUGUUGUUGGAAAAAUGUUUGUGGAUGUACACUUCCAGGAAGACAAGAAGGAAAUGAUGGAGGAAUUGAUUGAGGGUGUUCGAUGGGCCUUUAUUGACAUGCUGGAGAAAGAAAAUGAGUGGAUGGAUGCAGGGACAAAAAGGAAAGCCAAAGAAAAGGCAAGAGCUGUUUUGGCAAAAGUUGGCUAUCCUGAGUUUAUAAUGAAUGAUACUUAUAUUAAUGAAGACCUCAAGUCAAUCAAGUUUUCAGAAUCUGACUACUUUGGCAACGUCCUGCAAACCCGCAAGUAUUUAGCACAGACUGAUUUCUUCUGGCUGAGAAAAGCUGUUCCCAAAACAGAGUGGUUUACAAAUCCAACGACUGUCAAUGCCUUCUACAGUGCAUCCACCAACCAGAUCCGAUUUCCAGCAGGAGAACUCCAGAAGCCUUUCUUUUGGGGAACAGAAUAUCCUCGAUCUCUGAGUUAUGGUGCUAUAGGAGUAAUUGUUGGACAUGAAUUUACACAUGGAUUUGAUAAUAAUGGUCGAAAAUAUGAUAAAAAUGGAAACUUGGAUCCUUGGUGGUCUAUGGAUUCAGAAGAAAAGUUUAAAGAAAAAACAAAGUGCAUGAUUAACCAGUAUAGCAACUAUUAUUGGAAGAAAGCUGGCCUAAAUGUGAAGGGGAAGAGGACGCUGGGAGAAAAUAUUGCUGAUAAUGGAGGGCUGCGACAAGCUUUUAGGGCUUACAGGAAAUGGAUAAACGACAAGAGGCAAGGAGUUGAGGAGCCUCUCCUACCAGGCAUUGAAUUCACCAACAACCAGCUUUUCUUCCUGAGUUAUGCUCACGUGAGGUGCAAUUCCUACAGACCAGAAGCUGCUCGAGAACAAAUCCAAGUUGGUGCUCACAGCCCCCCUCAGUUUAGGGUCAAUGGUGCAGUUAGCAACUUUGAAGAAUUCCAGAAGGCUUUUAAUUGUCCAUCAAAUUCCACAAUGAACAGAGGUGCAGAAUCCUGCCGACUCUGGUAGUAGGACUGUUGGUUCCUGCCCUCCUGAGAGAGCUGCGUGGUGCUCAUCACCUACUGCUUUAGGCCUGUGUUCCCCUGAAGAUGUUUAUUUUGACGCAUCUUCGGUAUUUGGGUAUUGCUUAGAUCUAAACAUUAUUCAAAGUUGUAAGACUUAAAAAAGUGGAAUACAAAAAAUCGAAUCACAUAUGUUUCUUUAGAAAGCCAAUUAAGUCCCCAGGCUGCUUUUGUUAAAAUGUUGUUUGCUGAAUUGUUGCUAUUGUCCAUUUUAGUGUAUAAGUUGCAGCUAAGUGGUAAUGUACCGUUUUAAUCUACAGCUUUGCAGGGGCCCUAGGUAGAAUAUGUCCAGAAAAAAAAAAUCAGCCUAUCACACUAGCAACCCUCAGUGGUGUGGACAUGUGUGAGGCUUCCUGGGAGAUCUUCCUGCGCUGCUAGAUUUCCUGCACCAUCCUUUCAUAGCAUUGAUUAACUCUAAGGUGCUUAAGUCAGAAAUACGUUGAAUCCUCAUUUGACAGUAUUUGAUGAAGUUCUGGCCUUCAGUUUUGGAGUCUCUUGGGAUGAAAACACACCUCAUAGCUUGUAUCUGAUGUAGCCCACUGCCCUGUUCAAGUCAGAAUGAACAAAGCUGGCAAAAAAAGACUGCUUGGUGAAGGCUCGAGUUUAUCAAAUAGUAAGACAAGGCUGUAUCUGUAAGUCCCAGAAGAAGUCAAAACUCCUAGUCAUGCAACCACAGGCACAGUAGGAAACAAAAUCUCCAAAAUUUGAUCUAUUCUAUUCAAACCUUGGCAAUUAUGUCAUCUGCUAGAUGCUUCUCUUCAGUCUAAUUUCUUGUUGUCUUGUUAUCCUCAUAUAUGUGCAUUCUCCUGUUUCUGAAAUGAAUAGGCAUAAAAAAAUGAUUUUCUAACUCCCCAUUAGGAGCGUAUGGCUUUCUUUCCCUUGAGUGCAAAGAGACAAACCCCACGUUGAGGCUCAGUUACCUCUUUUAAAAAUCCUCUUUGAAAAAUUUCUUAAUUAAAGCCAUGUUAGAAUCUAUUGAUUGAAUUUAAAAUUCCCUGCAUAGUCCAAAGAGACAUAAUGUUUACUCUUCAGGACUUCUUCUAAAGAGUUUAUAAGAAAGAGCAUUACUAUGUUGUCGAUCCUCAGAACUCUGUCCUUUCAAGGGAACUAUUCCAUGUCUUAUUAGAGAGUGUGUGUGCAGGAUAAAAUUGUAACAGCCUUAAAGUGCUUACCUGGUGUUUUUGCUUUUUAAAAUAGCCAUCCCCCCUUCCCAUUAUUCCUUGUACAUGUGGUUCUAGGUUAAGCUGGUCAAUAGGAAAAUCUCAAAAGCAUAAUGACAAAUUCAGGCUAACCAUAGGAAGCCAUUUUACAUCCCUGGGAUUUGUCACUAAAAAACGUGUGUGUGUGUGCGCGCGCGCAAGCCAUGUCUUUUUGUAACCAUGGGAACGUAGGGGAGAAAAAUGCAGGGGCACCAUCAUGAGGAAAACAGUUUCAGUGCAUUAGUCAGUGGAGAGUGAUUUUCCCCUUGACUUCCUCCUCUCUGAAUCAAUAAACUCCUGAAGGGCAGCUACCUUUUCCUCUUUAACCAUGACUUGAUAUCACCUUAGUUUGCAUUUUCAAAAAAGCAGUUAAGGGUGCUGGAAACCUCCAUGUCUUUUCUCUAGAGGAAUCAUUCUGAUUUGGUUUAGACUUAGAAGAUUCUCCUUGUUUCAUUCCUAUAUCUGGACAUUUAAAAUCAGCUGAAGUUUUUAAGGCUUACAUAAACAGCAUAUUCCUUCUAGAUUUCUCCUUUUAAACUCCAAAUAAACACAUUCCUGCCGGUCAGAGAAAGUGUUUGAUAAAAGUAUAGAAUUAUGACUUUGGAAAUGGGACUUGUUCAGUCACUUAAUGGUUUAGGAAAACUGGUUGGUGAACAGUUGGGGCCUGCACAGUUUCUAAGUGAUAUGGCUACUUGUCUUGACCAACUUUACUUGAUGUAACUCAAUUAUACUGAAAGCUGUCGAAAGGAUGGCCAUUGUUAAAAUAGACUCAGAGUAGCCCAAAUCACCACGACUCACUGGGACAAUUUUCUAGAUUGAAUUUCCAAAUUCAUGUUCCUGUUCAGAUUUUCAGAGUACAUUCUUAUUGUCCCUUCUCUUCAAUACAGACUAAUAGAAAAGAGUCAGACACCGAUUAAGUGGUGUAAGGAAGAAGGUAAAAUGCGACUGGAAGUCGGGGGAGGGGAAAGGAGAAGCUGGCCUAGGAAUAUGACUCUGCAGAGAAUCCAGGAUUUUGACAGUUCUUGCUAAGCACAUCCAUUGGAGGAGAGCCAUAAAAUUUAACAAAAAUAAUUAUGCUAAAUUAAAAGGAAAUUAGAUAUUGGAUCUCAGACUAUGACUGCCAUAGCACACUUCUCUGAUUCAUAUACCAGGUUUUCUGCCAGUGAACUAUUGCCUGGGAAAUGGAAGGCGUUAGGUUUUUGUGAAAUUCUCCUGGUUUAGUCAAGGUUCUUAUCUGUAUAAAAUGGUCUUGUUUGGCUUAUCAUCAUUGCCCAAAGUUUGUUGAGCUUUUUACCAAGCACACAGCACUGGCCUCCUAUUUCCAUUUUUUCCUUUUAUGAGAUGGAGUUGGAAGCGACUACUGCAAGCUCAGGAUUCAUAAAUUAUCCUUAAGUUUAUUCAGUGCCUUUCCUCAAUGGAGCUUAAAGCAUAGCACAUAAAUUUUAUCUUAUUUAGCCCUAGAGCAUCACUAAGAAGCAACUAGGAACUGUAGCUUGCCACAUAGGUUAUGCUUGCACCAGAUCAGUGGAGAGGUUUGAGAAUGCUUCUCAAGUACCCCAGAGUCAGGAGAGUUAGAGCCUUUGUUCUUUGGGCUGCUUGCCUUUGCAUUAGCCUUCAUCCCUUAGGUCACCCCAUUUCUGAAUACAUUUGUUCCAGCAGUAUUUCUAUAAUUACUUAGCAUUUGAUAGACUUCUUCCUUGAUAUUUUUAACAGUAUGUCUCAGUUGCAUAUUAAAUUAUGGAAGAAUAUAUGAUUAUUUCAAGCAACAACAUUCUCAUUGCCAGUGGUAGUGCCCCGCUGGUUCGAAGAAAGGUGUUCUUGGAUUAUGCAUUUCGUAUCUAAAUGGUCUUUGUAUUUUCUUCCCUUACUUGUGAAACAAUGUGAAUGAUCAUUUUAAGGACAAUAAAAAG